AAGGAACCCAACGCAUGUUAGUCCCCAACACAUAUUUUUCAGACUCCCCCAAAGCGUCUUUCCUCUCCCGGAAAAAAAUUAAGUGACAAGUUGCUCCUCAAGAGUUCUCUCUGCCUGCACUUCUGAAUCACUGCUUGUUGGAAGCUUCCAGGAGCGCCGGCCCGGGAUGCGCGGAGGACGAAGGGAAGGUAGAAAUGCGGAUUUGCUUAGGCUGCCUGAACAGAAGUCUCUGUCUCCCCGCGCCCACGCCCCCGGAGAUGCAAGCCUGCCAGAAGGAUUUCUUUCCCAGCUCAACAGACAGCGCGAUGUUUCCCUUGUGCCGCCUCCUUUGCAUGCGCCAUUUUUGGGGCGAAUUAGGAAAAAACAACUUUAUCUCGUUACUCAAAAAGCGCGCGGGGAUCCCUCCCCAAAUACGAGGUUAUUGCAGUUGCGCCUAGGUUGGUUAAAGGCUUACGCCGCCUAUGGGCUUUUGCCUUUGCACAGAUAACGCCACCAGCCUAGAAAACGAAAACAGAUCGAGCACCAUACAGGCGAAAGUUCCUGUGGAAAUUGAAAGGCGCCAGAGACUAUGAUUUCCUAUGGGCUUCAAAUGAAAUAUGGCUUAUAUAUUAUAAAGAACAUGCACUCCUUUGUUUGUUGCUACCUUUUGUAGGGGGAUGACACGCUGGUCCUCAGUCAGCUAUGCUAAAAUCCUAGAUUUCUCCAUUGACUUCUAUGCGCUAUACACACUUCCUUCCUGGGAAAUUUUUUUAAAGAGCUUCAUAAAUGAAUCAGGAAAUGAAAAGACAACGAGCGGCUUCUCUCUCUGGACUUUCCUAUCUCUAUGCGAUCCAGGCGUUAUCAUGAUCAUAGAGUUGGAAUAUAGAACUAAGACGUGCAUGGCGCGCACGCGUGUGACCUGGGGACGACCCGGAUGAACGCGCCGUUGGUACGGCGGCUGAGUAGGUUCCGUCCCGCUGAGUUACGGGACGGGGAGCCUUGAGCACUGGCAACGUUACUCAGAGUUAAGUGCAGGCGCGCUCGCUUCCUCCUCAUUCGCAGAGGGAAUAGGGAGAGUCGUCGUGUUUCCAGGGCAACGGUCAGUUGCUGCUCUGCUGACCCUUGGACGCCUCGUUUUUAGGCAGCAGGAAGUGACCUAAGGUGGGAGAGAUCGUCGCUAAGUGGAGUCCUCCUCGGAGUUUGAUACAACUGCUGGAGGGGCUCGUUAUAAGCCUAGAAGAUGGCUUGGUGCUAGGAAAGAGGGCCAGCCUUCAGGACGGCCACCCUCCCGCGAAACGGGAGUUGCUGCGGUGCUGCUUGUUUCCAGAUUCGGCCCUAAGCGGGGACUGCUAUCAGCACCGCUGCGAAGGGGCGGGAGGGAAGGCUGUGCUCUUCCCCUUUGGACUGCUGUAGUUCCCCUGCAGUAGCAGUCGAGUAAACACCAUUUCUGUUGGCUAUACCUCACCCCCAUCCUUUGGAAACAAAGGUUGUUACCCCUGCUCCGAAUUCAGGGCUGGUGGUAGAGCGUUGGGCCCUCAGGCAAAGGAACGAAGCACUGGACCCAAGCAACAGGCAGGCCUUUUUACACAGAUAAAUAUUCAAGGUUUGCAGCAUCAGUGGAGUUUUCCCAUACCUGCUCUAAAGUUUGAUCAUAUUAGUAGGCUAAAGUACCUUUAUUGCCAUGAAACCUAUCAAGAGACGCAAUGAUAACAACCUUAUUGUCUGUGGGGCGCCUGCAGAGAAGCUUAGCAAACCAGCUAAUCCUCAACCCUGCCAGCCAACCCCCACAGCCAACCCCACCAGUCCAUCCCUUUUGAAAGCCUUGGAGGCAAUUGUAGAAGCUGGUCGACGUGGCUUGCUUGGUCCAACAGCCAUGACAGCCGUGACAGUCACCCCAGACUUGAAUCUGGAUGGGAACAAGGCAGUUUUUGCAACUGGUCAACGAGGCUUGUGUGGCCCAGCAGCAGCAAUCCCACCAAAGCUGAAUCUGGGAAGUAGUACGGCAGUUGUUGGAACUGGCCGACAAGGCUUGUAUGGCACAGCAGUGGCAGCUCCACCAAAGCUGAUUCUGGGAAGGAGCAAGGCAGUUGUGGAAGCUAGUAUACGUGACUUGCAUUGCCUAGCAGCAAGAGUGCCUCCAAAACUGGAUGUGGAAAGUAGCGAAACAGUUGUUGAAACAGGUCAAUAUGGCUUAGAUGACCCAGCAGCGGCAGUGCCACCAAAACUGAACAUGGGAAAUAAUAAUGCAGUUGUUAGGACUGGUCAGCGUAACCUGUAUGGCCCAGCUGUGGCAGUUCCAUCAAAGUUGAAUGUGGGAAGUAGCAAGGCAGUUGUGGAAACUGGUCAAAGUGGUUUGUAUGGUCCAGCAGCUGUGACAACACCUUCGAUCUCGUCACUCUUGCAUCCGGGAGGUAGUGAAGCAGUUGUAGAAACUGGUCUAUAUGGCUUGCGUGAGCCAGCAGCAGCUGUCCCACCAAAGCUGAAUCUGGGAAGUAGCAAGGCAGUUGUUGAAACUGGUCAACAUGGUUUGCAUAGUCCAACAGCCGUGACAACAGCAGCAGCUAUCCCACAGUGCUUGCAUCUGGGAGAUAAGGUGGUUGUUGAAACUGGUCAACAUGGUUUGCAUGGUCCAGCAGCCGUAGCAACAGCAGCUAUUCCAUCACUUCUUAAUCAGGGAGGUAGUAAGGCAGUUGUUGAAAUGAGUCAGAAUGCCUUUCGUGGUCCAGCGGCAGCUGUGGCAGUCUCGCCACUCUUGAAAAUGGGAGAUAGCAAGCCAGUUGUAGAAGUUGGUCGAUGUGGUUUGCUUGGUCUGGCACCAAUGGUACCAAUGACAAUCCCAACAGACUUCAACCUGGGAAGUAUCAACACAUUUAUAGAAGCCAGUCGGCGUGGCUUGCUUGGUCCAGCACCCAUGACAACAGUGACUGUCCCACCAAAGUUGGAUCUGGAAGGUAACAAGAUGGUUGUAAACGCUGCUCAGCCAGGCUGGCUUGGUCCAAUACCCAUGCCAGCAGUCAUGCCAAACUUCAUUCUGGGAGGUAACAAUGGAUUAGUCUUUCAGAAAGCCCCAAUUAUUUUCCAAAAUGUGAUCAAAGAGUUUCAAAGAAAGAAGAAAGAAAAAGAAGAACGAAUGAAAAAUAAAGUUGACAUCUCAACUUUCAGCUUUCGCUUGGAACAGGAAAAAGGUAAGCAAAAUGAAGGAAGCCCUGUCAUGACAAGGCUACAGUCCCAAACAGAUAAUCCCAAGGAGAAACCUCACAUUUCUGUUUUCCAUACUUCUAUUGGGAAAGUGGCCACAGAUGUUGAAAGCCUGCCGCCCCCAGAGGAAACCAGCCUGCCGCCCCCAGAGGAAACCAGCCUGCCGCCCCCAAAGGAAGUCUGGAUUUGUGGCAAUUCUGUGAUCUUGUCAUCAAAGGGAAGAGCCAGAAUUCAUCCUCAUGGAUUGCAGUUGGGCAUUCCAACUUCAACUGCACAUGUGUAUUGGCAUGGGAUAAAGGCAAUGAUGUGGGACCAGCUUGUGCCUCUUCUGCAUGAAAUUUAUGAUAUCCGAUCUUCUCCUUCUAUUAUAAUAAUUCACCUUGGGGAAAAUGAUCUGUUGCCUAACAACAGCUUUCCACUCAUUAUCAAGAUGAAAAAUGACUUGGGCAUUCUUAGAAGAGCAUUCCCAGAUGCUAUUAUAUGUUGGUCUGCACUGUUGCCAAGAUGUUUUUGGAAGAACGUCCAAAAACCUGAUCUUAUGGAAGAAGCUGUCGAGCAAGUUAACAGAGAAGUUGCAGAAUUUUGUAAGGAAAGUGGCAUACACCUUUUGACACAUGAUUUGAUUACUUCUGAUAAUCCAGACUUGUUCUUCUUGGGCACUAAUGACCUAUCUAAUGAGGGAGCUGAUAUCCUCACAGCAGACCUAAAGAAGGUUUUAGAGUACUUCUUGGGUGUUAAUGAAUACUGAAAUUACCAACCAGCUUCUUUCUGGAGAAUGAAUUUUUGAAGACUACUUGUGACAUCUUGUAUAUGUAUAGGUAUCUCAAAUUAUGGGAUGGAUGGAUGGAAAGAAGAUGUUGAAGAUACAUAGUUGUCAAAAAAAGAUAGGUCUAUUGUUGCUUGUCCAUCAUAUGUGUCCUGCAAGUUGUAUAGAUAGAUAAAUAAGGGUGGAGAUGGCUAUCUACCCAUACAAGUUGGUUGAUUUGUUUGUGGGUAAUCUGUAAUGAUGGGACCAUCUGAUGGCCAGUGGAAGAAGCUGGUCCAACUGAAUAUCAUGACAACUUCAGAUUAUGUUCUCAUUAUGAAUGAAACUGUUCAUUUUGAUGUCCCAGAGAAGUAUGUAAUUUAUAAGUUUUGAACCUGUGAAAAUGAACCUUGUACAGGAGAACCUCAGUAUUCACGGGGGUUCCAUUCUCUACUACUACUGUGGAUAUGGAUACUGGAACAUUGGGGCUCUGGAAAUCUGGGGGUUAGGUUUCCGGAGUUUGGGAAAAGUCCCAGAAAUGGGGUAAAAGGCCAUAGAAAUGCGGGCGGAAGUGGCCUACCAUUCUUUGCUGAUCUCCAGUAGUGUCCCUCAAUAGUGAAAAAUCUGCUGAAAAUCGUGGUUUUUCCCUGUUUGGUUUUUUUUUGGGGGGGGGGGGCAAGGUGCCAUAAAAUGGUUCCUGGUCUCAAAAUGGUGACCCACAGAUAUGCAGAUUUAACCCUUUGAAAACCUCCCCCACCCCCGGUAUAUAUAGAGGUCGGGUGUCUAUUACCUGACUUAGCUUCUGGAUCUGCAGAUAUCGAGGUUCUGCUGUAUCUGUGUAUCUGUUUCCUGCUUAGGUUGUGUGAACUAUGCUAGUUUUGAUUUUAAGGGGCACAGAUUCCAUGGCAUUUAAAAACAAUUAGCAGGUACAUAUUAAACAGUUUUUCACAUGUUAACUAAUUGUAUGUAAAAUUGGGUUGGCGGGGUGGGGAUGAUUGUCUAGGCUAUACUUAAAUAUAUUUCUGCAUAUGCAAGCCUUUCAGCAUUGUAUAUAAGCAAAGGGUGUAGCAGCAGGGCUCCCAGAUGUUUUCAUUGAUUCCCUGUUGCAAUCAAUAAAUUGCUUACUUCUAAUGUCUGUUGGAGUCUAUGGGCCUAUUUCAGAGUAAGCAUUUUAUGAGUUGCAGUUACAGUGUUUCUGUCACAAAUUAUCAGUAUUAUGCUGUGAAUUCUCUACAAGAGGUCAUCUGGAGCAACAGUUUGUUAUGACUCCUAAUGGUCAUUCUCUGGUGCAUGCAUCACUGAUAGCACCUAGAAACUUUGCCUUAAAGCAAUUUUAAUUUUUCUCUUUUGCCUACAAUUGCUAUUUGGAGUUCUAUUGUAAACUUGCCCACUGAAUUACCUUAACAGCCUUGGAAAGUGGAUAGUGCUGGAGCUUUUCCUGAAAGCUGUAUAUCUGAAUAAUAGGUAUAGGGAAAGUCUAUCUUAUGACAGUACGAUCUGCCCAGCAUCCAUAAUUUAUGACAAUUGAAGGCAACAGCUUUACCAGUUGUCCAUUAGAGAAAAUCCUACAUGCUGCAUAAUACUUCACAAAGUAGUGAGCUAACUUUCAAGUUUCCAGGCUGAAUGUUUAAAAAAAAUAAAAGUGGGGAGGGGGAGGCAGGAUGAGAAGAGAAGGUGGAGCUGGUAAAGGGGAUUCAGGAAGCUGUUUGUUUGCAGACUAACAUAAGCUACAACCUAUACAUACUUAAACCCUGUUGAACUCGGUCAGUUUUUUUCUAGUAAAUGUGCAUUUAUGCCAAGUGCAAAAGAUGUCAAGUUGCACCAGAAUGUAUUGUGACAAAGAAGCAAUAGCCACUGUACCUUCUGAAAAUGCAAAAGCCACUAGUUAACUGGGUCAGUCUCAUUUCAAUGAAACUGCUAAUGACUAGCUUUUGUAUUGUCAAAAGGAGAGUGGCUGUUGAGUCCUUGUCCCAGUGCAGUUUGGUGCAACCUAGAAUCUCUUGCCAAGCGAAAGGUAGCUUCAUUAAUUUACACAGAGCUUCCUGGAUCACCACUUAAGGCUGUCACAUAUUUGAGAUGGGGCUUCUACUGUGUGCUUUUCCAGCAAUUUCUCUCUCUCUUAUUUCCUCCCCCCAACUCUUUUUGUUUAACAUCCAAUCUGAGGAAAAAUUAUAUGAAACUUGCAAACUAGCUCACUAACUUUUAGUUGAUUGGGUAAAAAGCUAGUGUUCCUGUUUCUAUCAUUAAUAGUAAUUAUUAUCAAAAGGGAUUGCAGGCAAUCUCUUUCUUUUUAUGUUGCUUGAAUGAAUAAUAAUCCAUGAGAUGUUUCUCAAUGUUCUCUUUUUUCCACUGCUAUUUUAUUUAUCAAUUUACACUUAUCCUUCACUUUAGAGGAGUCAAGAUAACGUUGUAUCUUGUAUAAUGACCAAAGAACUUAUACAUUAGUUUGGUAGGAGUUUGGCCUUAGCUUGCAUAUGAUUCUAUCUAUAUAGAAGUCAAACAUGGAAAAAUAUGAACUUCCAUGUAUGGGUUCAAUAAAAGGGUAAGAAGCAGUAUUGUGCACACCAUCUACGUGGAUUUAGGAAAAUAGACUCCUCCACUUGUAGAUGAUUGCCUGAAAGUUUUGUAAUUAUCCAAGCCAGGAGGGGGAAAUGGGCACAAGUUUGGCAGUCUGGAAUGUUAACUAUUUUUUUAGUUGGAAUUUAAUUGAAAAUAUUGUAAUAAAAUGUGGUUUUUACUUUA